AUGAGCUACACCGAUGACAUAGAUAACCUGAUGCUUGCAAAGUUAUACAAUCCCAUGUGCUUCACGCACUCGACUCCCAGUACUAGCGAUAUCUAUUGGUGUUGCCAAAGUGAAAAAGAAGUAUACUCAAUCUUCCAAGAAGAUGCUCUUCUCGACUUUGAGCAAGAGGAUGAGAAUGAAGAUGAGGAGACCCAGGAUGAGGAGGACACCAGCUCCAAAAACAACUCCGAUUCCUGCAUGAGCGAAGAAACAUGCCCGUCGCAGGCAAAGACUCUCAAAGAACUUGAAGAGAGCGACUAUGUCAUCAUCCACUCCAGGAGAGGGGACAGGGGUAUGAGCAAUCGCGUCAUCAUCACUCUUGACUUGGUCAAGAAGCACUUCCAUCUAAGCAUCGAAGAUGCAUCCUCUGCUCUGGGCAUUGGAAAGUCAACAAUGAAGCAUGUAUGCAGGCGUCUUGGGCUUAAGAAAUGGCCCUACACUCGCAAGGAGCAGAAGAACAAGAGGAGCGCUGCUGCGCGAAGAUGA